AUGUCUAGUUUUGUGGAGCUGGAGCUGCAGAAAAAAAACAGCGUGUCGGCCGCUGUGUGUGUGUUGGAACGGAGGAAGGAGGAGGUAAAGAGCGAGGAGAUCCAGGAGGAGACGCGCUUGGUGCUGGAAGCCUUCGUCGGCAAGGCUCUGUCCGUCCCGCUCUGCGAGCGACCUGGCCGAGUGGGCGGGGCAUACAGAGACUCCUCCAAGUUUGGUUCCAGAGGGAAGACUGUUAGGAGCAAGACGUACGAUGGCUGGGAUUCUCUGGACGAGCAGAUCAGUGCCGCCGAGGAGAAGAAACAUGGGUUCAAAGACUUGAUUAAAAAAAGGCUACACCCGCGGCGGACCCUGUCCCGGCGCUCUCCGAAAGCCUCGACGGAGAAACGCUGCAAUCAAGAUGAUCCUGUGACCUUAUACGAUGGCCAGUUGAAGCAUCCGAUGCCUCCUGCUGCGUGGCCCAAACAUGACAGGCCUGAUCUGGAUGCCUUGUCCCCGUCCUCUUGCUCCUCUGCCGAUGAAGGGGGGGGGAAGAAAGAAGAAAAGAAGAACAAUAAGAAAAAGAAAAAGUUGAAAAAUUUUUCCACAUUCAUCCAGAAGAUCACAUUUACAAGGGAGCCCACAGCCAAGGAGGAUGGUCCCCGGAGGCCAAACACACUGCCCAUUGGCUCAGCCACUGAGUCCAGGAAACCAGUCAUCUCUCCCACUCGUUCACCACAGUUCUAUGAGGAAGUGGCAGAGACGCUAGGCCGAAUAGCCAAGAGGACCAGUGCAAAGAAAAGGUCCGCCUCUCCAGUGCGCCACUCAGCAGCCACAUCUGAAGGCCGUAAGGAGGAAGAGGUGAUCCAGGAGCUGGUGCAGGCGUUGUCCAUGCAGGGAGAUGCUCUUGAUCGCAGGAUCCGGUCCGAUCCCUUUUUGCGGUCUUCCUUGGAGGGCCUCUCAUACCAUUCGUUUGAAAAGAUGCUCGACAUGUUUGCUGGGCAGACUGUGGAAGCGGCACCUCCCUCAGUCAAUCCCACAUUGUCCCGCAUAGCUGCAACAAUGGAAUUGUCUCGUCGAGUCAUUACGGCCACAGGAGCUCAGAGGAUGCUAGGAUAUGCAGAGGAGUACAUGAAGAACUUCACCCCCUGGGUGAAGAGCCAGGGUGGAUGGGAGAGGAUUGUCCAGUUUGAGGACAGCUUGGAGUAUGACUGAAACUUCUUCGCAUGAGGGAUACUUCAAGCAAAUUACAGAUUUUAAGCAUAAACUGUGAACAUGAAAUGAGAAGAUGACGUGAAAGGAAAGGAAGAGGGAGCCAAGAGGUGAUCGGAGCGAUGACAUUUGUUGUCUACGGCCAUCAAAUCCAGGCAACCUGUGGUUGGUGUGUUGAUUUUGUUUUACAGUUUCACAAAACACUGUAAGGCAUUAGCUUUUAUUUAGCUGUUUUUAUUGAAAGGUGCCUUAGGGACCAGGUGGUAUUUCUUCAAGCAGAUCCCUUUCCGUUGGAAAAUGACACAUUUGACAACUUGUUUACAAAACUGGACAGCUGAUGAGGUUUCCUCAUUUUGAGGAACACACGUUAUAAAACAUAAUAUACAUUUAUACUCAGAGAAUUCAGUAUUUUGUAGUGUAUGAUUAUGAACUGCUCAUGCUAUGCAGUUAUGCAGUUUAAUCAGAAUAUCGGAAAGCAGUUUUGCUAGUAAUUAUUACUAAUAUCACAACUGAUAGGACUUCUCAGUUUUCAGCACUGCUUAAAAAAAUAACUUUCCAGGGAACUGUUAAGAGAUCUAAUGUUAUAACUCCUGUGAAAAUGUAAUAACUUAGAAAAUUUUAAAGUGAA